AAAAGCUCAGUGCUUCAAAAGUUAGAGUGAAAAAAAGGGGUGGGCUUUUUAAAGGAGGGGAUUGUGUGUGAGAGAGUGUGUAUAUAUGUACACACUUUAAAAAAAAAAAGGUCUCAGCACUUUUCUUUCAAGAAAAGGGAAGGACACCAAGAGACAAAAGAGCAGGAGACUUUUAAAGUUUAAAUAGGCAGGUCUGGCUGCCCCAAGAGUUGUUGCGUUUUGAGUUUUAACCCUCUGAGGAUCUGAAGCGUUUGCUUGACCACCUUCACCACCGCCUGGCCAAGGUAACAGGCCUUGACAAUGGGGGACUGGAGUGCUCUGGGAAGGCUCCUCGACAAAGUCCAAGCCUAUUCGACUGCAGGAGGGAAGGUGUGGCUAUCUGUCCUCUUCAUUUUCCGCAUCUUGCUCUUGGGGACUGCAGUGGAGUCUGCUUGGGGAGAUGAGCAGUCGGCAUUCCGGUGCAACACCCAACAGCCCGGUUGCGAAAACGUCUGCUACGACAAGUCUUUCCCAAUCUCUCAUGUGCGCUUCUGGGUUCUGCAAUUCAUUUUUGUCUCUGUGCCAACCCUCAUGUACUUGGCCCACGUGUUCUAUGUGAUGCGGAAAGAAGAGAAGCUCAACAGAAAAGAAGAGGAGCUCAAGCUUGUCCAGAAUGAGGGUGUCAAUGUAGAACUCCACCUCAAGCAAAUAGAGAUCAAGAAAUUCAAGUAUGGGAUUGAAGAGCAUGGCAAGGUCAAAAUGCGUGGGGGGCUGCUCCGCACUUACAUUCUCAGCAUCAUCUUCAAAUCUUUCUUCGAGGUGGCCUUUGUGCUCAUCCAGUGGUACAUCUAUGGGUUCACCCUGCAGGCCAUUUACACUUGCGAACGGGUGCCAUGCCCACACAAGGUGGAUUGCUUCCUCUCUCGCCCCACAGAGAAAACCAUCUUCAUUAUCUUCAUGCUGGUGGUAUCAAUCGUUUCCCUCACCCUGAAUAUCAUUGAAAUUUUUUACGUCACUCUCAAGAGCGUAAAGGAUCGCAUGAAGACCAAAAGCAACCCUUUCUCUCCCAACAGUGGCUUGAGCCCUUCCAAGGAGUGCGGUUCUCCGAAAUAUGCCUACUUCAAUGGGUGCUCCUCUCCAACUGCCCCUUUGUCACCCAUGUCUCCUCCCGGCUACAAGCUCGUGACUGGAGACAGGAACAAUUCCUCCUCCUGUCGUAACUACAAUAAGCAAGCCAGCGAGCAAAACUGGGCAAAUUACAGCGCCGAGCAGAACAGGAUUGGACAAGCUGGGAGCACCAUCUCCAACUCACAUGCUCAGAACUUUGAAUUUGCGGAGGAGCCUGAUAACACGAAAAAAAUGGGCUCUGGGCAUGAGUUGCAACCACUGACAGUGGUAGACCAAAGGCCUCCCAGCCGAGCCAGCAGUCGAGCCAGCAGCAGACCUCGACCUGACGACCUGGAGAUCUAACCCUCCAUAGCUUAGAGUACUUAACACAACUCUGAUAUGAAAUGCAUUCAAAGAUGCAAAAAUGGGGUGUUCAUGCGGUUCCAUUGGAGGUGGUACUAUAACAAUCUCAGCCAAGAGGGUUUUGUUUUGGUUUUUUUGGAUUUUCUAACAAAAAAUGUUUUUAAAAAAAACUUUGAAUUUUUUCUUCUUCUUUUAUCUUUUUGAGUGGAAGUUGGGUGGUGUAGGGAAGCACAGCACAUGUUGAUAUUUAAAGUAGUGGAUUGUUAAAGAGUUAAAGCUUUUUAAAAUUUAGUCAACACUAUAGUAGUGGGUUUGGUUUCUGUUUUUUGUUUUUUUAAGAAAGGCUAUAAAAUGUCUAGAUAUGUGCCUAUAAUAUGCUGAUUUCCCCCCC